AUGGGGUACUGGAAUCCUAACAUGACCGUGCCGAGCGGGACUUCCGCAGACCCACUGCUGCACCAAGAUCUAUACACAGACCUUCUGACCUUCACCUUCUGCGGUCCGACGCCCUACAACCAAAACCAACCAUUGUUUAUCGAUGCCGAGGAUCCCUCGCGCUCUUUUACGGCGUCUCAGUUCCGACGACUGGUUCGGACUCUGAUCGCUGGUUUCAAGGCACAUGGUGUGCGCCGGGGGGAUUGCGUCCUGCUGCAUCUGGGCAACAGCAUUUUGUAUCCGGCCCUCUUUUUCAGCAUCAUCGGCGCCGGGGGUGUGUACAUGGGCUCGAACCCCCGCAGCCACCAGCAGGAAUUAGACCACACUAUCGGUCUUGCCGAACCAAAACUGAUCCUCACAACUCGCGAAGCACUGCCAACAAUUCGCGACGUCGCCACCGCCCGUGGUAUUUGCCCAGAACAGAUAUGUCUGGUGGAUGAACGUGCUGUCGAUCACUGUGCCCAAUUGUUCUUGUGGUACGAACUGGGAUAUCCGGCCAGCACGGACUUCUUCGCCAAUGCUGGCGGGGACAAUGGGCGCCACCUCAAUUUUGCCAAUAUGCUCUGUUAUGGCGAACGCGACUGGAUGAUGUUCACAGAUCCCAGGUCGGCGCAGAACACCCCCGCGGCUAUGUUCUCCACCUCUGGGACUGGGGGUCUGCCCAAGGCGGCCAUUCUGUCGCACCACGCUAUCGUGUCACACCACCGGUCUAUCCAGUACGACGUGGCGUAUCCGGUCAGUCGCUUGAUGUCGCUGCCUAUGUUCCAUUUAUUUGGCGCAUUGUGGACUCAUAUCUUCCCUGUUCGCUACGGGCAUCCGCUUUUUGUCCUGCCGCGCUUUGAAACCAAGCAGUUCCUGGCGACAGUCCACCAGUUUCAAAUCUCCGAGACGUACCUGGUUCCGGCCAUAAUUCACACGAUCAACCACUCCUCUCUACCUGUCUCGGACUACGUGACAUCGCUGCGCUACGUGGGCGUGGCGGGAGCCCCCAUUGACGGAACGUCGAUGCUGCAAUUUCGAAGCCAUCUCCACCCAAUGGCUUAUGCAUGCCAGCUGUGGGGCAUGACGGAGGUUGGUGUGGUCUUUCAAACUCGCUAUGGUCAGCAUGGAGAUCCUGGCAGCAUCGGUACUCGCUUGAGAGGGUACGAGGCGCGCCUGAUCGACCACGAUGGCAAUGUUGUGCGCAGUGACGAUCGUGCUGGUGAACUUUACGUGCGAGGCCCCGGCUUGCUCCUGGCAUACAAGGGUCGUGCCGAUGCGAAGGAGCCACGGGGUUGGUUCCGGACUGGUGAUGUGGCAUACAUGAAGCAAGGUCAUUACUUCAUUGUGGGACGGACAAAGGAGCUCAUCAAAGUGCGAGGGUGGCAAGUGGCCCCGGCGGAAGUUGAAGCUGUCCUUCUUCAACAUCCUGGCAUUACCGAUGCAGCAGUUACAGGCGUGAAUCUGAAGGAUGGUAGCAGCGAGGUACCACGGGCCUUUGUGGUGCGAUCGCGUGACCCCUCAGUGAGCCGCUUGACGGCGGAAGAGGUGUAUAACUAUGCCCGCACCCAUCUUGCAAGUUACAAAGCCCUUGAUGGCGGCGUUGUCUUCGUCGAAGAGAUCCCCCGGACAGCGAGUGGCAAAAUCCAGCGAUUCAAACUCUCGCAGAUGAACAGCUAUAGGGAGAUGGUCGCCUCCCUGCUUCAAGGAUUUGAAGGCGAAGCUCCCCCGCCGGCGGGCCGUGCGCUGCCUUCCAGCGCGGAUGUCCCGCCCGUCGGCGUAGCGCCUGAGGGGCGUGUCACUGUCUGA